UGCAGUGCAAUCAACAUGAAGUAUCACGCUCCCCCAUACAAAUUACAAAUGGCUAUCAAUAGAAAAAACCUGAUUCAAGCAUCAAAGUUUGGUUUGAUAUCCUACAGAGGCCGCCCAUCGUUUCACAUAAACCCGUCUGCUGGAUUGGAUAAAUUAGUACCUAUUCAAGACAAAUUACAGCGGGUACAUGUCAAACGAUCGUCGGGGACAGCAUCUCCCAUAAUUUUAAUUCGAUUGCCCUUCGCAUUUGUGCAUUUAUGAUUUGUAAGUACGAAAGAGUUGCCGCGUACACACUGAGCAUCAAGCACUCACGCACUGAACGUUCGAACAUCGGCCAACCCUUGAACCUUCUGCCCGAUUAUUUGUGGCAUUUCAUUUUCAUCACCAUUACCUUCCCUGGCCUAACACAUCCACACCCUUGCUUAUCUGGUAUUCCUUAUGCUUAUCCCUAUUUGAGUUGGACGAAUAUCAAACAGGAACUCUUGCGUCGUGAACCAAGAAAAGAGAAGAAACAAGCCGAGAACCAACGGUCUUUGCGAAGAUGCAUAACCAUGGGAGGCUUGGAGAGUUGUACUUAGGAUUCGGGAACGUGGGAUCCCAGGUGGAUCACAAAGGCAACCAACCAUUUUCCUGCUCUAUGAAGCCUCGCCUAAAGAGUACAAAGCUAUGGGGCAAGCUUAAUUUUGAAAUUGAUGAUGAUGUAUAUCCCAUACGCAAACAUUUUUCCUCUGCUAGCAAGGAUAAAGUAGGUACAGAGCAAAGGAAAUGUCAGACUAUCCACGAGGAAGAAGGAUAAUAACAUUAACCUCCGAGUAGAAGAGAUGUCCGAAAAGGUCGAUUGAUGAAGAUCGAAUAACAGCAUAUCAUUUCUACUACUUUUGGCAUGCACUUUGCUUCUUGAAUCCAUCUUUUCUUUCCGUUCUAUCCUUUUUUGCAUUCAUUUGAUAGCUUGGCACAAUCGUGCACCGAGCCGCUCCAUUAUUUCCGUCUAACUUAUUUCUCUGCUCUAGUUCAGUUGUUGACUUGUACCGUUCGAGUUUUGGCUUGUUGAUUCUUUUCUUCUGUUUUUUGGGAGUUUCGUUUCAUUUUAUCAUCGUUUGUCAAUUUUUUGAUUGAAAAAUAAUGACCAUGUCGGAGAAAACCAAUCUCCCAACACCUUUAUGGUCACCGGCCUUGCCUGAACAUAGAGGUGUAAGUGGCUUUCAUCGCAGGCAUACCUCUCUCGUACCGCCAUCUCCACGUGAGGUCUUCGAUUCCCGACCUAGUACUGCUUCAGAGCCGGAUUCAGAAGCAUCUGGUCCCAAACCACAAGCAGUGACAUGGAUGUCACUACCUCGAAAAGAUCAAUUAGCCAUCCUCUUCUUCUCUAGAUUGGUAGAUUUCUUACAAAUUGCUUCAUUGCAAGCCUAUAUGUUCUAUCAGUUGAAGAGCUUUGAUCCAGGUUUAUCUGAUGCUGCUAUUUCGUCACAGGCGGGGAUUUUGCAAGGGUGUUUCACCGGUGCUCAGGUCUGUACUGCGGUGCUAUGGGGUAAAGCCGCCGACACCUGGGGAAGGAAGAUGGUUCUCAUGAUAGGGUUGGUUGGAACGGCCAUCUCAUGUAUGGGAUAUGGCUUUUCGACGACGUUUUGGCAAGCGGCUUUGUUUCGUGCUUUUGGUGGUGCUAUCAACGGUACUGUGGGAAUAAUACGUACCAUGGUUGCAGAGUUUACCAAAGAGAAAAAAUAUCAAUCUCGGGCAUUUUUGCUUUUACCUAUGAGUUUCAACGUGGCUGGUAUAUUGGGUCCAGUUAUGGGUGGAUUACUUGCAGAUCCAGCAAUGACACUCCCUGGUCUUUUCGGUGACCAAGCUGCAUUCGGAUUUGAGUGGCUCAAAUCGUAUCCCUAUGCCCUUCCUGGUAUUCUCAAUGCCGUCUUCUUAGCAACUACCGGCGUCAUCGUAUUCUUGGGACUAGAAGAGACUCUUCCUUCGGCACGCGGUCAAUUUGAUUACGGAAUUAAUCUGAUGAAUCGGAUUAAACAAUCAACAGGGUUUGGAACUAUCGUUGCCCCGAUUGAUUACUCUCAUCUUGAGACCUCAACUGAUAGCCUCGAUAACUUCGAGCCUAAAUCAAUCACUCGUCCCACCGCAAAUAAAUUACCCUUUAGUCGCAUCUGGACUAAAAACGUAAUCUUUACCCUGAUUACCGGCGCCUUCUUUGAUUUCCAUCUUGGAGCUUUCACAAAUAUCUGGUCACUUUUUCUUUCCACUCCCCGACCUACUUCCGACGAUUCACGAUCUCUUCCCUUUGUUUUCACCGGUGGUCUCGGUAUGCCUGCUGCAACAGUCGGCUUUGCGACAUCCAUUCUCGGUAUCCUUGGCAUGGCUCUACAAGUUCUUCUUUAUCCACCUGUGCAUGCAAGACUUGGUACUCUCCUUUGCUUUCGAUUUUUUCUAAUUUUGUUCCCCGUCGCCUAUUUCUUUGCUCCAUAUUUGGCCGUAUUACCUUCUAGUACUUUGGCGCCCGCGCCUGCUGCCGGUCCUGCGAUCUGGAUUGGCAUUUUCUUUGUACUUUUACUUGCUGUUUCAGCGAGAACGUUUACGUUGCCUGCUACUAUCAUAUUAUUGAACAAUUGCUCGCCUCAUCCUUCUGUUCUGGGCACGAUACACGGAGUUGGACAAUCGGUCUCGGCCGGCUUCCGCACAGUGGGACCAGUGGUAGGUGGAAUUUGGUAUGGAAAGGGGUUGGAAAAGGGAGUAGUGGGAUGGGCAUGGUGGGAAACAGCAGUGGUGGCUGCGGCAGGAUGUGUAACAGCUAUGUGGGUUUAUGAGGGGAGUGGGCAUGAAAUAUUCUUGGAAGGGGAGGAAGAGGAGAUGGAGGAGAUGGAAAUGCAAGGGCUGAUGAGGGAUAAUCAGAUAGAAAGAGAGGAGGGAGUUUAUGCUGAAAGGCAGGGGUUGAUGGGACAGAUGGGUGGAAGUACCAGCUUGGAUUUGAGAGAUUUGAUUGAUGAUGAGGUGGAACGGGGAGGGAUGGCUGGCGGUAGUAAAGGGGUUAGCUUGGAGGUUAGAAGGAGCUUGGCAAUGAAGUAGAAUUGGCAUUCCGGAAAGCUAGCAGAGAACUGGCGUAUAGGCGUUUUGGGGCUGUGUAUCAUGGGAACAUAUACCACGUAUUUGUACUGGGCAUCAAAAGGUCGGAUAGGCGGAUCGCGAAUCAAAUUUUUAUUAAGUUAUCUAAGAAACGUGCUCCCACAAAAAUACACUCAAAAGUUUCUAGUAGAUAUAUCAUUUUCCAGCAGUACGGCUGACUGAAUCAAAAAUUGUAUAUGCUCACCCCAGACAGCUAUCAGGAUUGACGAGAAUUCCGCAAGGCAUUGACGAUUCCAAAGCGACUGAUUGCACAUUAUGCCCCCCAACUAGACAAUAUACUACACAAAGACUGUAAGGUUGAAUAAAAUGCUUGUUUGAGAUUA